UUUGUUUGUUUGGUGAACAAUGAAAUUAAGGCUUAUACGAAACUUGUGUAUCAUUUUAAUGUGUACUGUGUUUACACUUUACAUUAUUAUGCAAUAUUAUGCUGAAACAAAAGAGAAAAAUUUAUUAGCAUUACAAUAUUCCAUAAUUGAUUUUCGUGAUAAAGCACAAAGUAAAGUAUCCAUGCCAUGGCUUACUGAGAUGAUUAUAUCUACUAAUAGUUCACAAUGGCCGGCGGAGAAACAAAAAUCACAUUCUCUGGAUGUUCCUUUUCAAAAAUCUCAUAGUCAAUUAAAGAAAUCAAUGAUUUCAGGGCAGAGUAAACCUUUAACAACUAUUGAAACAUUUCAAGCUCCAGUAUGUUUAAAAACUGACAAUCAUUAUUCUGUGAAUACAACAUAUCAAAUGAAUAAUAUUUAUCAUGAAUUAGCAUUUGAUGAUAAACCUGGCGGUGUAUGGACUCAAGGAUUUCCAAUUGAAUAUAAAAUGGAUCAAUGGAAAGAAGAUGAACCAUUGGAAGUUUUCAUUGUACCAUUUUCACAUCAAGAUCCAGGUUGGAUUAAAACCUUGGAAGGAUAUUUUACUACUGAAACAAAACCUAUUUUGGAUGCAACAUUAACUAUAUUAAAUGAAAAAGAUGAAGCUAGAUUUGUUUAUUCUGAAGUGUCAUUUUUAAAUUUAUGGAUCAAUACAUUAUCCGCCGAACAAAAACAAUCUUUUAAAAAACUAUUACAGAAUGGACAUUGGGAAAUUGUUUCAGGUGGUUGGGUUAUGCCAGAUGAAGCAGUGACACAUUAUUAUUCAAUUAUUGAUCAAUUCAUUGAAGGUCAUCAUUGGUUAUUAGAACAUUUCGAUUAUCGACCUAAUGUCACAUGGUCGGUUGAUGCAUUUGGUCAAAGUUCAACAAUGCCAUAUUUAGUGAAAAAAUUUGGUUUCUCUGAAAUGAUUAUUAAUCGUGUACAUUAUGAAGUGAAAAAAUAUCUUGCUAGUCGUAAAUCUCUUGAAUUUAUAUGGCGUCAACCAUGGGAUAGUGCUGGUUCUCAUCCCAUAUUAGCACAUAUGUUCCCAUUCUUUUCAUAUGAUAUUCCACAUACAUGUGGCCCAGAGCCUGCUAUAUGUUGUCAAUUUGAUUUUAUUCGCACCGAGAAAUACAAUUGUCCAUGGCGUAAACCACCAGUUAUUAUAGAUGAUUCAAAUGUUGCUGUUCGAGCUAAUAUGUUAGCUGAUCAAUAUAGGAAAAAAGCGACAUUAUAUAAUAAUCAUGGCUUAGUAUUAAUCCCAUUAGGUGAUGAUUUUCGUUAUCAAUCAGUACAUGAAUGGAAUGUCCAAUUGAAUAAUUAUAAUAAAUUAAUUCAAUAUAUUAAUUCAAAUACGGAUUAUAGAAUGAAAAUACGUUUCUCUACAUUGUCAGAUUAUUUUCAUGCAUUAAUUGAACGAGUUAAUAAAAUGAAUUCAACACUAUCUACAUUAUUUCCAUCGUUGACUGGUGAUUUUGUAACUUAUGCUGAUCGACAACAUGAUUAUUGGAGUGGAUAUUAUAAUUCACGUCCUUAUGGGAAAUUUUUAUCACGUCUGUUAGAAUCAGAAUUAAGAACAGCUGAAAUACUGUAUAGUUAUGCUAGACAAAGUAUUGGUCGUAUACAAAGUGUUACACAAUUAUUACCAUUAUUUAUAAAUCUUUAUCAAAAUCUUACAACAGUUCGACGUAAUCUUGGUUUAUUUCAACAUCAUGAUGCAAUAACUGGUACAGCACGACCGGAAGUAAUGCUUGACUAUUCAGAAAAACUAUUAAAGGCUGUUGAUGCAGCUAGAAAAGUUAUUACAAUUUCUAGUGCUUAUUUAUUAUUAUUUCCAAGUAUGUCAAAAUUUGAUACAGAUUUAUCAAAUCGACGACGAUUACCUGUGUCGAGUGAAUUGAAAGAAAUAUUAACCCAAUUAAAUGAUCAAUAUGAGGGAAGAAGCAUCAAUGGCAAUGCACCAUAUAGUUUCUCAUCUCUGGAAGAUAAUUUACACAAUUAUCAAUAUUCUGAACCAAUUCUAAUUGAUUUCUUUGAGAAUAAUAUGAAUAAGGAAUCGGAUGUUGAAAAUACACGUCGUAUAUACAUUUUUAAUCCAUCCACUCGUAAACAGUCAAAAAUUAUCACAUUAUAUGUUAAAGGUCAUUGGGAACAUUUUCAAGCAAAACAAUUAAUUUCCAAUACAAUAACUCAUCCAAUUAAUAUACAAUUACAGCAUAGUUAUACAACAACAACACCUAAUAAUAACAAUGUAUAUCAACAGCAACAACCACAACAACAUCAAACCACAAAUCAAUUAUUUAGCAUGUUACAUUUAAGUCCAAUUCAAUUGAAUCCAUUAUCGUUUACAUGUUUGGAAUUGACAUUAACAUCGAAGCCACCACCAGCAGUAUCCAUAGCGACAACAUUAUCAUCUAAUGUUGUACAAGUGGAACCACAAUUUAUACCACUUAUAAAUGAUCAAGGCAUGUCACUACAGAAUGAUGAAACAAACUUUUUCAUAGAAAAUGAUUAUAUUCAAUUGGAAUUCGAUGCUAAAACUGGUUAUCUACAAAAAAUGUUUGAUAAAUUCACUAAACGAUCAAUGAUUAUGAAAAUCAAUUUCAUGCAACAUGGAAGUUUACCAGGCGACUCACAUAGUGGUGCUUAUUUAUUUAUUCCGGAUAAAUUAGGUCAACCUUUAUCAAAUCCAAAAUCAUAUAGUUACAUUAAAGGUAAUUUAGUGGAUGAAGUAACAAUCUAUACACAAUAUGUUAUACAUAAAGUUCGUUUAUAUAAAUCAUCUGGUUUACAAUCACAAUUUAUUGAAAUUGAGAAUAUUGUCAAUAUAAAACUUGAUCAAUCAAUUGAUAUUGAUUUAUUUAUGACAAUACAAACGAAUCUAUCUAAUCCAGAUCGUCUAAUGUAUACUGAUUCGAAUUGUUUUCAAUUUAUUCAAAGAAAAUAUCAUGAUAAAAUACCUUUACAAGGUAAUGUUUAUCCAAUUGCCUGUGGUGCUUAUAUAGAACAAGAAAUCAAUACCGAUCAUCAUCAACAACAAACUGGAAUGAAACAAUUUCAUCGACUCAAUCUAUUCACUUCACAUCCAACAGGUGUAGUGAAUCCACAAAUUGGUCAAAUCAAUGUAUGGAUUGAUCGUCGAUCAUCACGUGAUGAUUCACGUGGUGUUCAAUCAAAUUUAGCUGGUGAAUGGAUAGUACAAUCACGAUUACAUUUAUUUGCUGAGAUAAUUUCGGUUGAGAAAACUGAGAAAACGAUUAAUCCAAGUUUAACUGUAUUUUCACAACAAAUUUUACAUGAUCUAUUACGACCAAUACAUAAAUUUUAUGUGAAUCAACCAAAUUUAAAUAAUUUACUUGUCAAUGAAUAUAAUCUACUGCCGAAAUCAUCAUCUGGUCUACCAUGUGAUUAUGAAUUAGUCACAAUGAAAACAUUUCAUAAUGGGAAAUUACCAAUAGAAUUUCAUGCUGCACCAAAUACUCAAGUUGGUGUAAUUUUUCGACGUUAUUUAUCAAUGUGUCAUGCACAAAAUUUGCCAAAAAUUGAUUUCUACACAGAAUGUUUCAAUAAUCAACCUAAUGAACAAGAUGGAGGACUUAAUAUACAAGAAUUAUUUGGUUCGAUUCAAUUAACACAUGCAUUACAAACAAAUUUAACAAUGAUUCCAUUGCCAGAUGACGGCACUUCAUCAAACACCAAUCACAGGUUACAAUCAAAUAAAAUGAAUCGUAUUCAUGUUAAUCCAAUGGAAAUUGAAGCGUACUAUCUUGUUGAAUAAUAAUAAUAAUAAUAAUAA